GCCAAUAAUAUUUUAUUUUAUCAAAUACAGUAAUAAAUUAAAAAAUAAAAAUAAACCAGUUUCUAGUGAUUUUUUAUAGGAAAGAAUGGUUGAAAUUAUUAAGUCAAUAAUUCCACGUUGACAAUGUAAUCCAGAGGCAAAAUCCAUCCUAAACUUUCAUGUCGGAUUUCCUGCCGAGCAGAAUGAGGAAGAAGGUGUUGGUGACAGGCGCUUCGGGCUAUUUAGGCGGCCGCCUCUGUCACGCUCUCCUGAAUCACGGCCACCGCGUCACGGCAUUCGUCCGACCAACUAGCGACCUCUCCUGCCUGCCUCCGCCAACUUACGCCGGCAGUGGCGGCGGAACUUUCGAAAUCGCUUUGGGAGACGUCACCGAUUACCAAUCGCUCUCGGAAGCCUGCUCCGGUUGCAGCGUCAUCUUCCACGCCGCAGCCCUAGUUGAGCCCUGGCUUCCGGAUCCAUCUAGAUUCUUCACCGUUAAUGUUGGAGGAUUGAGAAAUGUUAUACAAGCUUGGAAAUCAACAGGAUCUGUAGAGAAAAUCAUAUACACGUCCUCGUUUUUUGCGCUUGGAUCAACAGAUGGAUAUGUUGCAGAUGAAACUCAAACACAUUCUGGAAAAUUCUUCUGUACGGAGUAUGAGAAAUCUAAAGCAAUUGCGGAUAAGAUUGCAUUAGAAGCUGCAGCUGAAGGGGUGCCUAUAAUCGCUGUUUAUCCCGGUGUAGUAUACGGUGCUGGAAAGAUCACGGCUGGAAAUAUCUUUGCUCGCCUGAUAAUAGAGCGGUUUAAUGGGCGCUUACCUGGUUACAUAGGCCAAGGAAAUGACAGGUAUUCCUUCAGCCACGUGGAUGAUGUCGUGCAUGGGCACAUUGCCGUCAUGGAUAAGGGUCGCCUUGGGGAACGAUAUCUUCUCACGGGAGAAAAUGCUUCCUUCAAAGAUGUUUUUGACUUGGCCGCGGAAAUCACUCACACAAAGAAACCUUGUUUUGCUAUCCCAUUAGCUAUUCUUGAAGUCUAUGGUUGGGUAUCAGUUUUCUUCUCCAGGAUAACAGGGAAGCUUCCUUUGAUUAGCCCACCAGCAGUCCAAGCUCUAAGGCAUCAGUGGGCUUAUUCAUGUGAGAAGGCUAAGGCAGAGUUGGAUUACAACCCCAGAAGCUUAACACAAGGAUUGACAGAGGUACUCCUCUGGUUAAAGAAUUUGGAAUUGAUUGGGUACUGAUAUAAAUAUAAUGGAUUAAGCUAUUUCAUUGUACACCAAAAUUUAUACCCCAAAGGCAUGCAUCCACAUUUUGUGAUAGUUUGAUGUUAGUGUGAUGAUUUGCAUUGUCAGUGCAAAUUUUAUUAAUUGAAUUAACAUUUUUUGUCAGUGUGAACCGUUAAAAUGUCGGUACAUUUUUUGAAGUACAAUUUGGGUAUACUUUUAGUGUAUCUCUAGCAUGGUUAAAUAUAAUUGUGUUGAAUGU